AUGGCCCCGUACGCUCCUACCGAUGGCAUUAGCAAGCUCGCUAUUGACCAGAGCAAGCACUUUACUGAAGCACUGAAGGAGGCUUUCAAGAGCACGGCAGACCACAAAAAGGUUGCGGCGGAGAAGGUGUCAGAGCUGGUGGGCGGUGAUGCCAACUUGAAUCUUGGUGUCGUCUCGCAGGAGCUACGCAAUGCGCUGACUGGCAACGAUGCCGACGCUAAGAUUGUGGCUGCGUAUGUCGUGGAUGAUCUAAUGCAGAAGUACGCUGAACGCGUAGAAGCCUACCUCGUGCCUUUACUGUCCGUGUUCCUAGACCUGCUGGCGGACAAGAAGCCGACUGUCCGUCCUGUGGCAGAAGAAGCUGCCUUGACCAUUAUCAGCUCAGCUAACAAGAACUCGACGAUCCGCCUUCUGCCAAUCCUGUUCGACGGUCUAGACCGUUCGAAGAAGUGGCAGACUAAGAAAGGCUCGCUCGAUCUCAUAGCUGCACUGUCUACGAUUGCCCCGUACCAGGUUGGACGCUGUCUGCCUGACAUUAUCCCGCAGGUGACGGACUGUAUGUGGGACACCCGUAAAGAGGUGAAGGUUGCCGCCAAGGAGACGAUGACUCGUGUCUGCAGCGUUGUGGGCAACAUGGACAUUGAGCCAUUCAUCCCGGCCCUGGUGAGCUGUUUGACGAAUCCCACGGAGGUGCCUGAGUGCACCCACAAGCUGGCUUCCACCACGUUCGUCAAGACCGUGGAGGCUCCUGCUCUUGCCAUCAUGGAGCCGCUGCUGAAGCGUGCUCUGGCUGAGGGUAAGACUGCUGUAAAGCGUCAGGCCGCUGUCAUCAUUGACAACAUGUGCAAGCUGAUGGAUGAUCCCGCUGAAGCUCAGUUGUUUAUUCCUAAGCUACUGCCUGGUUUGAAGAAAGUUAUUGAGACCCAAGCUGAUCCUGAGUGCCGUGAGGUCGCCACUCGCGCACACGAGACUCUGUUCGUUGCUGGUGGUUCCAUGGAGGUAUCGGAAGACGAGCUGAAGGUCGACUAUGAAAACAUCCACAAGGUUGUGAUCGAGUCGAUUGCCUCUAGUCCCGCUGCCGUGAAGGCCGAAAUUGACAGCUUCACCAUCGACUACGUGACGGGCAUUUGCUACUUCCUGGUGGUUGCUCGCAACUUCAACAAGGCUGUCUUCGAGAAGGAGAUCAGUGCUUAUUUUAAGGCUUUUAUGAGUGCUACGGACCUGAAGCCACUCUCGAACGAGAUCCGCGACCGCUGCUUCAAGGAGAACAAGUCGAUUUUCAUUGAGGACGUGGAUUGCGAUGAGGGUAUUCCUGACCUUUGCAAUUGCGAGUUCUCGCUUGCCUAUGGUGGUAUGAUUCUGUUGAACAAUGCUCGUCUUCGCCUAAAGCGUGGUCACCGUUACGGUCUGUGUGGUCCUAACGGUUGUGGUAAGUCGACGUUGAUGCGCGCCAUUUCCAACGGCCAGCUGGAGGGCUUCCCUAGCCGCGACGAGCUGAAGACUGUGUUUGUGGAGCACAACCUGCAGGCUUCUGAGGCUGAGCUGUCCGUGGUGGACUUUAUUCUAGUGGAUGAGGAUCUGAAGAACACUCCGCGCAAGGAGGUCGAGGACACUCUUGCCGGUGUGGGUUUCACCCCUGACAUGCAAGCUCAGGGCGUUGGUACUCUUUCUGGUGGUUGGAAGAUGAAAUUGGAGCUGGCCCGUGCCAUGCUGCAGAAGGCAGACAUCUUGUUGCUUGAUGAGCCGACGAACCAUUUGGACGUCAAGAACGUCGCGUGGCUGGAGAACUACCUGACGGGUCUGACGAAUGUGACGUCGAUUAUGGUGUCGCACGACUCUGGCUUCCUUGACACGGUCUGCACGAACAUUAUUCACUACGAGACCCGCAAGCUGAAGAUCUACAAGGGCAAUCUUUCCCGUUUCGUGGAGCAGAAGCCGGAGGCCAAGGCCUACUACGAGCUGGAGUCGGAGAAUGUGAAGUUUACGUUCCCGGAGCCUGGCUUCCUUGCUGAUAUCAAGAACAAGGGUAAGCCCAUUAUUCGUCUGACCAAGUGCUCGUACCAGUAUCCUGGAACCCCCAAGCCGUCGAUCAACAACAUCUCGGUGACGUGCGCUCUGUCUAGUCGUAUUGCUGUGCUUGGACCCAACGGUGCCGGUAAGUCGACGCUGAUUAAGAUGCUGACUGGUGAGGUUGAGCCGACGAGUGGACAGGUGUGGAAGCAUCCUUCCAUGCGUUUUGCCUACGUGGCUCAGCACGCUUUCCACCACAUUGAGUCGCAUCUCGACGAGACAGCCAAUCAGUAUAUUCAGUGGCGUUUCCAGUCUGGUGAGGACAAGGAGCUAUUAGCUAAGGCGACGCGAAAGCUGAGCGCGGAGGAGAAGGAGCAUUUUAAGAAGCCAGUGAACUGGGAGGGCGAGAAGCGCGUGUUGGAGGAGAUUGUGUCCCGCCGCAAAUUUAAGAAGAGCUUUGAGUACGAGCUGAAGUGGGAGAAAUGCCCGGUGGACGAGAACGCGUGGGUGCCGCGUGAAAAGUGUGAGAAGUGGGGCUGGGACAAGCUUCUGCAGAUCGCUGAUGACCGCGAAGCCGCCCGCGCCAACUUGCAGUCCCGCCCGCCUACCGCCAUUGCUGUCCAGAAGCACCUUGACUGCUUUGGCCUGGGUGCUGAGUUCGGUACCCACUCACGUAUGCGCGGUCUGUCCGGUGGUCAGAAGGUGAAAGUUGUGCUGGCCGCAGCUAUGUGGCUGAACCCGCACAUCCUUGUGCUUGAUGAGCCCACGAACUACCUUGACCGUGACUCGCUUGGUGCUCUUGCUUCGGCCAUUAAGGAGUUCAACGGUGGUGUGGUUAUGAUUACUCACCACAACGAAUUCUCCUCGGCCUUGACUCAGGAAACGUGGAACAUUGAAGCCGGUUUCCUUGCGGUUGAGGGCCAGCAGGCUGAGGACAAGACGAAGAUCGAGCAGAAGGACGAGGAGGAGGUUAUGGAUGCUUUUGGCAACGUAACAAAGACGAAGAUCAAGCGCAAACUUACGCGUAAGGAGAAGAAAGCCAAGGAUAAAGCUCGUAAGGAGGCGGAGGCUGCUGGCGAGUACUGGAGCGACUCGGACGAGGAAUAA